GUGCAGGCGUAUUGCAGGAUGUGCAUAAAUCAAGAUAUUUUGCUGGGAAGUCUUCAGGCGUAUUUAAGCCUUUCUUUGGAUCUAGCGAAAAGUCUUUUCAAGAGCCAGGAAUAUUCCGAGGAAGAGACAAAUUGGCUUAAAAUAAACUUGAAUGGAAUAAUUCACAGGGGAAAGUUUAAAACGAUACUGCAAAUGGUCAAUGGAAAGGGGGGAGGUGAGGAGUGGGUUAGAAAAAUGGUGUCCCAAGGAGUAACUGAAUCCAUUGCUGUUUUCAGAAUAUUUAAGAGCCUAAUGCUGGCAUAUCCCGAGAGAAAUGAGUUUUAUUCAGAAGUAUUGCAGGAGUGCAUGGCUGCAAGAGAAAAAUACUUUUAUGCAAACACCAAUGCACUUAUAUCUCUUAUCCAGGCUGUAGAGUGCACGUCCUCAGAUUGCAAAUUGAAAAACCACUUUAUUUCAGGAUACUCAAAGGAUGCAAGAUAUUACGGACUGUACACUUUAGAAGAAAUAUAUGAGAGAAUAGGAUACGAAGGAAUAUUUUGGUUUGUGUCAAAGAAUCAUAAGGCAAUGAGUCAAAGGCUCUUGCGCAGCCUAAUAUUCCAUUGGAACACUCUCUUGGAAAAUGACAUUUUCAUUGAGAAUAACUUACCGUGCAGCCAUCUCUUUGACCACAGCUAUUCUUACAGGAUGAGUGUACGGGACCACAGGAUCAACGCAAAUGAAGUCAUCUACGAAUAUUCAAAUCUCAGGGACAAUUUCAUAAUGUACUUGGAAAACACGCAGGAGCCUCCAGUUUACAAGGAAAUGUUCUAUGAGACGCAGUAUGAAGCAGAGCGAAAAGUAAAAAGAGUUCCAAAGAUAAUGAUAAAAAGAAAGAUAAAGGAAUUACUCCGGGGAAAAAGAAAGAAUUACACUAUGCUUGCUGUGAUUAUUGUGAUAUUAAUUGUAUUUCUACUUGACAUAGCGUAUACAGAACUGUACAAGGCUAUUCCUAUAGCUAUUUAUCGCAUCCUGCAACUUGCACUCUACAUAACACUGAGGCUAUCAACCGUUGCGCAGAGAUUAGAGAAAGAAGUGUCUACAGCGGGUGUUUACAUGCUGAUCUAG